GCACUCUCCCUUUCGGUUCCUAACCGGAACCCGUGUGGAAAAGCAGGAAGCGCCUGGUGGCCGGCUCCGGGCGGGCGGUCAGGAUGGCUGGGUCUGGCUGGGCCCCCCCGCGGUUGGACGGCUUCAUUCUCACCGAACGCCUGGGCAGUGGCACGUACGCCACGGUGUACAAGGCCUACGCCAAGAAAGACACUCGAGAAGUGGUGGCCAUAAAGUGCGUGGCCAAGAAGAGUCUAAACAAGGCAUCCGUGGAAAACCUCCUGACAGAAAUUGAGAUCCUCAAGGGUAUCCGACACCCCCACAUCGUGCAGCUGAAAGACUUCCAGUGGGACAGUGACAACAUCUACCUCAUCAUGGAGUUCUGUGCAGGGGGUGACCUGUCUCGCUUCAUCCAUACCCGCCGAAUUCUGCCUGAGAAGGUGGCUCGUGUCUUCAUGCAGCAGUUGGCUAGUGCCCUGCAUUUUCUGCACGAACAGAACAUAUCUCACCUGGAUCUCAAGCCACAGAACAUUCUGCUGAGCUCCUUGGAGAAGCCCCACCUUAAGCUGGCAGGUACUUCGGCUUCGCACAGCACAUGUCCCCAUGGGAUGAGAAGCAUGUGCUCCGUGGCUCUCCUCUCUACAUGGCCCCUGAGAUGGUGUGUCAGCGGCAGUAUGAUGCCCGUGUGGACCUCUGGUCCGUGGGGGUCAUCCUGUACGCCUCCCUUUGCCUCCAGGUCAUUCACGGAGCUGGAAGAGAAGAUCCGGAGUAACCGGGUUAUCGAGCUCCCCCUUCGGCCCCCUCUCUCCCGAGACUGCCGGGACCUGCUGCAGCGGCUCCUGGAGCGGGACCCUGGCCGUCGCAUCUCCUUCCAGGACUUCUUUGCCCACCCCUGGGUGGACCUGGAGCACAUGCCCAGUGGGGAGAGCCUGGCACGAGCAACCUCCCUGGUGGUACAGGCUGUGAAGAAGGAUCAGGAGGGGGACGCCACAGCUGCCUUGUCUCUCUACUGCAAAGCUCUGGACUUCUUUGUGCCCGCCCUGCACUACGAAGUGGAUGCCCAGCGGAAGGAUGCAAUUAAGGCAAAGGUGCAGCAGUAUGUGUCCAGGGCUGAGGAGCUCAAGGCCAUCGUGUCCUCUUCCAACCGGGCCCUGCUGAGGCAGGGGGCCUCCGCCCGAGACCUGCUCAGAGAGAUGGCCCGGGACAGGCCACGCCUCCUUGCUGCCCUGGAAGUGGCUUCAGCUGCCAUGGCCAAGGAGGAAGAAGGUGGUGGGGAGCAGGACGCCCUGGACCUCUACCAGCACAGCCUGGGGGAGCUGCUGCUGCUGCUGGCGGGGGAGCCCCCAGGCCGGAGGCGGGAGCUGCUUCAUACUGAGGUUCAGAAUCUCAUGGCUCGAGCUGAAUACCUGAAGGAACAGGUCAAGAUGAGGGAGUCUCGCUGGGAAGCUGAGACCCUGGACAAGGAGGGGCUCUCGGAAUCCGUUCGCAGCUCUUGCACCCUGCAGUGACCCCAAAAGAAUGACUGGAUAGACCACAGGCCACCUGAAGUUGGGGGACACACUCACGCAGACUGAUGCCCAGAAUUCUGUGGCCUGUGCACCCUGGCGAAGCACCCUUCUUGAAUGGGCAGCUCACUGCGACCACCGCAUUCCAGGGUCCCCAGCACCCCUCAAGAUACUCUACCCCACAAAGACUCUGACAGCCCAGCCCGUGUAUGUGCUGACAGUGUCGGGCCGGGCCCGGGGGGGGAGGGGGGUGCAGGGGCAGGCCUCUGGGAGAAGAGUGUCUCAUGUGACUCUGGUUAACUGGUGGCUCCUGGACACUGAGCCUGUCAGUUUGGGGCAUCAGGGUUCUGUUUUUGCUCUGAGAAGAGGGCAGGGGGCAGCUGUAUUCUGUGCCUACCCCUGUCAUUCCUGGGAGCCCUUAUUUCAACUCACCUCUAUCCUUGCACUGGACCAGGAUGCUCUAAGACCUCUCAGGGACCACCUACCCCUCGGUCUGCACUCAGCCCCAUAGAACUCACCAGUCUUCUUGGAAGCCGAUUCUUGCCCACCCUCUUGGUAUUUUAAAUUAAUCCUUCAAGCCAUGAAAAUAAUACACUGUAGGGUGGGGCAAAUUGGAGAAAUUCAUACCUUGUUCCUGCUCUGGCCCGGGGAGUAUCAGGGGAAGGUUCCUUCAUCCUCAUCCCUCCCACCUCCAUCCCUUUUUGGGGAGCCCCUGCUUUCCACAGAGCUGGUACUGGCCUGGGAACAGGAGGAAUGGGGCCGCCUGGCCCCUUGAAUUUGGGGGACCCACUAGGCCAGGAGACCUUCCAGGUCUGACAUGGCUGCUACCACAGCAUGUGCCCUGGGCACACACCUUCCCGUUUCUUGGUCUGGGUCUCCCCAUCUCUCCAGUGGUGUUGCUAAUAGCUCCUUAGCCCCCACCUGGGCCUUUGGGAGGACAGGAACUUUCAUCUGGAGAAGAGUACACACCUAGGGCUACUGGUUUUGUGUUUAAAAUCUGAAAGGCUGUUGGUGAUUUCUAACCCUUGCACCCUUCAGUGCCUCCUUGGGGCAGAAGUUGUCUCUCUUCCCUGCCAGAGAAGUGUGAAGAGUGUCAUUCAUUGUUUCUCUAUUAAAUUAUUUUCUGAAA